AUGGACCCUCUGUCAGUGACGGCCAGCAUCAUCGCCAUUGGCACCGUCGCAGGCAAGAUAUGCUCUGCCUUCACUGAACUGAGGUCUCUCUGUCGCAGCCUUCCCGGCCGUCUCCAUGCAUUGAACAAUGAAGUCGCCGACCUGGAGAUUGUUCUUUUCGAGCUCGCCUCACUCACGGAAAGGCGGACGGUGUUUGUCGACAGUGACCGACCGUCUCUUCAACAUCUAGUGAAACAGGCAGAGGUCAAACUGUUGGAGCUGCAAGAAAUCAUAAGCCGGCUACGGGUAGCGUAUCGAGAUGCGCCUGUUCCGUUUGCCCUUGGGGCCUUUAGCAAGGAGAAGACCAGGCUUCACGGGCUGCAGGAGGAGAUCAGGUCGGUCAAAUGUGAUCUGAAUAUAAUGCUUGGUGCUUCAAACUCACAAGACAUGACCGAUAUGCGGCUUCAGUUAGAGGCCAUAUCCAUCAUGACCAGGGAAUCUUCCCAGGAAAACAUUGCUUUGCAAGGCCAGCUGAUCAGCAGUCUUUCGCAUGUUGACGAGCGUGUAGCUCGUGUUGAGGAGCUGCUACGUUCCCAGGCGCAAAAGGUCAAGGAAGAGCAGUUCACCCAGGUUGGACCUCUGUACAAUGUUGUUGCUGCACGGCGACGACCUUCUCACUCAAGGAGAGCUCAUAUACCCAGAGAUAGCACGUUGGAAAGAUAUAGUGGUCCAGCUAGUCCGUAUCGGCUUCGUUGCGCUCCGGCAUGUACGUGUGCCUGCCACACGCAGUUACAGAGGGCUUCACCCAACCUCUUUGGGCGCGUUCUGGGACAGCUGUUUGUCGGAUGCUCGGGGAUUCCCUAUCUAUCACCAAAUUGUGAUAUCGAUACAUGUACUAAAUACCGUGCGAGCAAAAUUAGUAUGGAAUAUUGGUUCCCUAUGGGGCUUAAUUCAACGAUUGUUCGUCUGCAAGCCGGAUAUCAAGCGAAUACUGGCCUCCUUUUCCAACUCCAGACUUUGAGAAGCGUACCGGAUGACGCCCAGUGCGUAAAAUUCGCAUUGGACGGGGAUAUAGAGGGCUUGAAGUACCUCUUCGCCCACGGGCUGGCGUCUCCAAGAGAUGUGAGUCCGGCACGAGGCUACACCCUUCUACGGUGGGCGCUUUACGCGAAGAAAUAUGCCACUUGUGAGUUUCUCCUCCAUGCAGGCGCAGACCCAGACUACAGGCCCGUGGCCAUGUCGGAUAAUAGUCCUCGGAUAAAGGCCUGCCAUUUUCUGCUCGAAGGCGGCCUCCCGGAUGCUGGUACCGAUGCACUGCGUCUGAUUUCUCGAGACGGUCACUACGAUGACUUUAUCGACGAGUCAAACUUCACUCAGAUACAUCGUAUUGUCCUUGGCCUGUCACUUCGGAGCUUGGAGGAGGAAAUAAAACUGCAUCCGGAAGACAUCAAUGCUCAGGACUCUAUGGGUCGGACUCCAUUGGCUUGGGCGGCAGCACGGGGUGAUAGCCACUCAGUCGUUACCCUGUUAAGCCAUGGAGCUGAUCCAAACAUCAUGGAUGUACAGAUAUCCGGGCCUGUAUCAAAUGCAGCUGCGAGAGGCUACACAGCAUGUGUUCGACUACUACUAGAGGCUAGGGCCCAUCCUGACCCUCCAAUGCCACCGGGAGUGAAAAAGGGCUCUCCACUGAACGUAGCAGCCCGCAAUGCUACUGAUAUCCUCUUACUCAAGAAUCUGCUGGAUUUUGGAGCCGAUCCUGAUUCAAGUGGGACAGACGGAGAUACGCCUUUAAUCCAUGCUGCCCGGACGGAUAACUCUAGCUUUGCUUUGCUGUUUCUCGAGUAUGGUGCAGAUAUCAACUAUAUCUCAAAAAAGGGGGCAACCCCCUUGACCACUGCAAUCACUUAUAACAGUCAUAAUGUCCUUUCCUUGAUUCUAGACAGGUGGCAUGAAUACUCUGAUUGUCCACGUCUGAAGGCACCAGACCUACUCCAGGCUGUGGCGUUGUACGCAGACGUCAAGACAAUGAAAAUCAUUGCUGGCAUGGACCACCUGCGGUCGAGGCAGGACAAGGACUAUAUUGUUGGAGACUUUACCAGCCGCCUGAAACAACGGCCCGACCUGACAGACGAGUUAACUUUCGCCUUUGGUAGACUGUUAGAUGCCAUUAACGACGUCAAUGUCACCAAGCCAAAGCUUCAUAUCUGUCCAGAAAAGUUGGUCGAGGCCGGUUCGAUGCCGCCCUUGCUCCCUAGAGAUCGGACGCCUGUAGGAGAAGACUAUGAUAGCCCAGGCUCAGGCUCAGGAUGUUUCUUUUCUUGCCCAGCUUCGCCAGUCGGCUCUUUGGACGUCGCUGGUGGGGAUAUCACAAAGGCUCCCCUGGAGGAAGUUGAGUCUCGUCCAGAACUCCCAUGA